GAUCCCCCACCACUUCCAGCACUUCCCCCUCCCAGCGAUUCCAUCUCCAAAAAACCAUCCACCAUGCCCAACCACGUGGUCUUUGACGUCGUCGGCACGUGCGUCUCCUUCGACGCCUUCUACCAGACCAUCGAAACGACCCUCGGCUCGCAACUCCGCGCCCACAACCUCACCGCCCAAACCCUCGGUUUCACCUGGAUGACCAACGCAGAACUACAAUUCACCUUCCUCUCCAUCUCGGAAAGCUAUAAACCCUAUAAACUCAUCCUCACGGAACUGUUCUACCAAACCCUCCACAUGAUUGGCAUUGCCGAUCCCCAUGCGUUCGCCACCAUGGAACAGCGCGAUCUCUGCGUGGAGGGCUACGCCGCGCUCGAACUCCGCCCCGGCACCCGGGACUGUUUCGCACAGCUCCGCGCCGCAGGAUUCACGGUGUGGUGUCUCACCACGGGGGAUACAGCACGGGUACGCGGCUAUUUCGAACGCGCGGGGGUCGAUAUGCCAUUGGAGAACUUUAUCAGUUGUGAUACGACGGGGGUGGCGAAGCCGGCGUUGGCUGCGUAUCGACCUGCAUUGGACAAAUUGGAGCCGUUGGGCGGGGAGAAGUGGUUUGCCGCGGCGCAUUUAUGGGAUGUUGCGGCGGCCACGAAGGUCGGGUUCCGCGGGGCGUAUUGUACGGUGUAUGAGCGGGAGGGGGCGUUUGGGGUGUUUGAGGCGGGGUUGGAGUUGGUGGAGGGGAGUUUGGAGGGGAUGGCGGGGGGGAUUAUUCGGAUGUCUAAUGUGCAGUAA